AUGGGAAUGUGGGAGGAAGCGAGUGACCCAGUGAUGGGGAAGAAGGAUAAAAAUGAGGAGCGGAAGGAGAGAAUCCUGAAUCUCACACUGGAGAUUAUCUAUCUGCUGACUGGAGAGGGCUACGUCAUCCCUAAGAAGAAGAGCCCAACUGUGGGUUUGGGGGCCCUGCAUGCCCCUGGCUCCGUCAUACAGAAGGAAAAUGACAAGAAGAUCCUGGAACUCAUCUCCAACAUCAUCCAGCUGCUGACUGGAGAGGUUGCCAUAAGGUGUGAGGAUGUUUCCAUCUAUUUUUCCUUGGAGGAGUGGGAGUAUAUAAAAGGAAACAAGGCCCUUUACAGGGAAGGGAUAAAGGAGGAGGAGCCCCAGCAGCUCCGCCCACUGGCAGCCUCUUUAAUCGAGCUUUAAAAACCUGUACUUAAUGGAGGCUUCGAUCUUCCCGCUAAUUAUGAGAAGAGAUCUGAGACGGACAGAAAUGGUUUCUCAUGAAAUAACGACGUAUCCCACAGGGAGGCCGGGGUUCUACCAUCACAAACCAAAGAUGAACAAUUUUCUUCAUGGCUGAAGGUUCUGAUAAACUUCACUUUACUGCUGCGCUGCAAG